GACUAGUCGAAAACAAGGCAUUGACAAAAGGAGGCCAGUCUUCGACUUAAAACGCUUUAUCAAAUCGAGCUGUGAAUUUGAGCGUGUUUGCUAGUUUGAGCCCAAACUAUCGACACGACUCAAGUCAUGACCAUCGAGUUGGUAUUAGUCGGACAUCUUCGUGACGUCGGCGGAAACACACGAGUGGGAACACCAGAGCCGCCAGCCAUCAGUUGUGGAAAGGUGGUCGGACGUAGUGUGUCGGUGUGUCACACCGAUACCGGCCAUGGCGCAGAGCGUUGGCUUUAUGCCGUAUGAUAGUAGAAGAAUAUUUACAUGGGUGGCUGAUCAGGCGGGGCUUCCAGUUGAUCAAGUGAACUACCUGUUCUGCCAGUUCCUGGCGCUGCUGCUGGCGCCCCUGUUUCGAACUGCGCUGCACCCGUCGACUACUCGCCCGGAGACUCGCCAUGCCGUGGGGCUGGGUGGGGGCGUUGCCCUCGGCUACUUCUGCUUCGGAAUGCAAGCAGUUCACCUGGGAGGACUCCCCGCACUCUGCUACAUCAUCAUACGAACACAGAACCCAAGGAUAAUGCAGAAGAUGGUGCUGGCCGUGGCACUGGUCUACCUGUCCUGCAUCCACAUCUACCGUCAGAUAUACGACUAUGGGUCGUACACCCUCGACAUCACAGGGCCGCUGAUGGUGGUCACGCAGAAGGUGACGAGCCUGGCCUUCAGCCUGCACGACGGACUGACUCGGCAGGACAGCGAGCUGACGGACAGCCAGAAGCACCACGCCAUCAGAACCAUGCCGACGAUGCUGGAGUACUUCAGCUUCUUGAUGUGCUUCCAGACAUUGAUGUGUGGCCCCAUGGUGUUCUACCGUGACUACAUGGAUUUCAUCACUGGCCAAAACAUAUUAAAACACGUCUCUCCCUCUUCUAACCGGCUCGAUGGUGCACCAAUCUGCCGAGAAGUUGUUCGGGAACCCUCGCCUUACCUUGUAGUGUUUAAGAAAGUGGUCUGCUCUAUUGUGUGUGCUGUUAUCUAUGUCCUGCUCAUUCCAUCGUUCCCCAUCAGCCGGCUUAAAGAGACGGAGUUUGUGGAAGAAACGUCGCUGUGGUACAAGACGGCCUACCUCAUGGUCUGCACCACGUUGGUGAGGUUCAAGUAUUACCACGCCUGGCUGCUGGCCGAUGCAAUCUGCAACAUGUCAGGGCUCGGCUUCAACGGCUACAACAGCUACAAAGAUGGUCUGGCGCGCUGGGAUCUCAUUUCCAAUGUUGACAUUUUGGGGUUUGAGUUCGGGCUGAGCCUGCGCGACAGUAUCCAGCAGUGGAACAAGGGCACGACCGUCUGGUUGCGUUUCAUCGUGUACGAGAGGGUCACGCGCUUCCACACGGUCCUGUCGUACGCCCUCUCCGCAGUAUGGCACGGCUUCUACGCUGGCUACUACCUCACCUUCAUGAGUGGAGCCCUGUUCACGUUCGCAUCUCGCUCCGUUCGCCGCAGCGUGCGACCCUACUUCCUGCGGCAGCUGUGGCUCUCGAACUUGUACCACGUGGCGACCUUCGCGCUCACUCGCAUCACCCUGGCCUACGCCACCUUCAGCUUCGUCCUGCUGGAGCUGUGGCCCAGCGUCCGACUGUAUCUGCACAUGUACCUGUGGCUACACAUCUUGGCUCUCGCGGCGCUCGUGCUGCUGCCCUUUGUGCUCCCGUCGCGUGGCUGCACUGCCCCGGCGGCCCGGGCCAAUGGCGUGCCUCCCGGGAGGAAUGGCAGCGUCAAGCAUGCGGCUCACGUCAACGGCAUGGCCAAAAGCACUCGCGGCUAGCAGAGGCAUUGCUGCCACGUCGUGACCUUUUACAAUCACUCGUUGUGCCCCUCACUAUUUGGCAACAUUUUUUCCAGUUGCUGUUAAUGUCAUUUCUCAGAAGUAAUGUGUGUAAAAAGGUUACAAUUAAAAUAAUUUGAAGAAAAAAAAUUAACUAGCCGUUCGAAUCAGCUUUGAAAGUUUUUUUUUUUUUUCGAGUUGUUAUAAUGUUGGAUUAGUGAUAAAUUAUUUCUCCCCCUCCCUCCCCCCCAUUUUUUUCUCACUGCAACGAGCAAUGAUGUCACGACGUGUGCACCAAUCUCUGGCUGCACCGUAGAGGUCAAGAAGGUAGCAUAUUUUGUAAAAGCUUUAAGAAGAGUUGAUAUUCUGCAAAAUGUAAUUUUAGUUUUUUAACUUUUAAGUGUGUUGGGUGAAUAUUAAUGUAAAUGUGCAAAAAGUGAUUGAUUUAUAGUUUUUAACUGAGCACAGAAAUGAAUUUUAUAGAAUGGAUGCAAUAUAGAGUGGAACUAAGCUGCAUUUUACUAAUUCCUUUGAAACAAAUGUUUUGUAUAAAUGAAAUUACCAUAAGUAAAUAUUUUAAAAUAUGACUUUUUACAUAAACAUAGAAAUUUCUUGGCAUUAUAUGGGAGUUGUUUUAAAAUAUUAAAGCUCAUAUUUUAUACAUAUUUUAGGAGAUUUUAAAUUUAGAGCUGUGCCGAUACAAAUCUUCGAAAGCAGAUUUUGCCAUGUUUUGUUGAAUAUGUUUCUGUCGAUUCACAAUACGCUUGUUAAUUUUCGGCCGGUAUUUCGAAUAAUGAAAGUGCCUGUCAUAACAAAAAAAUCCACCAGUACCUUUUUCACUUUUUGAAUUAUUACAUACUAUGAACAUAAUUUUUUAGCUACGUGUGCCAGCCAUACAUAUCAAACUUAAACAUCCUGUGUUUUAAUAACAUUCUUGAAUCUAAUACUUCAUAAAUAAAUAUAUCACCAGCACGGUUAAGUUAAAGAACAAAAACUUACUUAAUUUAGAGCAUGGCUACCACUACAAACAACAGAAAAUACCUACAGUUUUAACUGCAAAUACAUGUUCGUAAUAUUGUGACGGAGACUUUUUUAAUUAAAUUACAUAAAGAUUUUAAAACUGAAUAAAAAAUAAUACCAAAUAAUAUAAGGACUUCAUAUAAUGUAAAUUACUUUUACUGUUUCCCGUGCAAAGCAACCACAUGAAAUGCAUUUCAGCAUACCUAUAUGUUUGGUACCGUAAAUUUUUACUGAAGCUCGUAUUAAGAUGGUAUUGUAAUUCCUGGUCUUGAAUGGUAAACAUGUACAAAAUCUUGUAAUUUUGCACAUUUUAAUUUUUUUUAACUUAGUAUUUUGUGAAACCACAUAUUUCUUAGUUACCUAUUAUUAAAUAAUAUUGUUUAUAAUUACCUAUUAAAUUAUUACAUUUUCCAACCUCCAUGUUUCAAUAAGCACCUAACAGGCUGUAAACAAACAAACAAAUGUAAACAAACUAAAAAAUACUAGUUAAAAAAGAGAGGUUAUGUUAAGUUUGUGUACUAAAAUACAUGUGAAUAUGCAUUGCAUUAUUUUCUUAGAAUGAGUUAUUUUGAGUAAUUUAGUAAAUUUAUAAAAAUAUUUUAACCAUAAUGUGUUUUCUUCUGUAUCGGUUUGGAUUCUGUGAAUCGGCAAAAUUUUGUAAAUCGGUACAGCUCUAUUUAAAUUCUUAUUUGUGUAAUUUUCAAGAGACACAAAAAUCAUUAUGCUUGCACCAGUGUAAAAGAAUUGUAAUGAAAAUGCAUUUGUCAUUGAAAAACUAAGACUGAUUUUUUUCUUUUCAUUUUAACUAAGGUUAACAAUUAAAAUUAGUUAUUGAAGUGAAUGAUUUUUGAAGUGAAUAAUUAAAAUGUGGAUUCUAGUUAUUGAACAGUAUUAUAAGCUGUUGAAAUUUUUUUCUCUUUUAUGGCAGCUAAUGCAUUUUGUUAAUUGUUCCCUGAAUGUGUGAAUCAAUUUUACUUUCAUUUUUGUUAGUAAAAACUUGUUUCUUCUUUAAAAAGACAGUACUGAUUUUGUCAGUCAUGUCAUAAAUGGCUACCAACUUCUCCGUAGUUUAAUAAUUAAAAUCAAAACUUAUUCGCUGUUUUCUAAGUAAAAUUGAGGGCUGUGGGGUUCUGGGUUUUAUUGGUUGGUUUGACUUAUGUAGAGAAACCUUUUUUUUUUUUACUGUUUUGGUUCAUUCUUUCUAUUUUUACCUUCUAUUAUCACUUUCUGGAAAAUAUUUCUACUCUGCCGAUACCUGCUGGCUUCCAGAUCCUGAUGGUGAGAUAACAUUCUCACUUUAUAGUUGUGCAUUAUCAGCAUAUAUUUAUAUUUUAUUUGCAAUACUUGUGUAAUUUGUUCUUGAUAAUCCACAUGUAAGGUUUUAUAAUUGCACAGUUUAUGAAAUAAUAUCAAUACUUAAUAUGGAAAAAAAUAUAUUUUAGUAGUAUUUACCAUGGUAAAAAUGAUUUUAGCUCUAGAAGAAUCACUUUAGUACAUAUCAAAGUUACAGAAACAUAUAUUUAAGUUUUUUGUAUUUGCAUUUUAAAAAGAUCUUACUAGGUUAAAAAUUUUGUCACUUCUAUAGCAUAGAAUUACAAUAUUUACCUGUGUAUGAAUCACAUAUUUUAUGCUGAUUUUUGUUUAGUAAAAUGUACUGCGUCCUAUAUGCAAAUUUUACAUUUUGGGUAUAAAAAAAUUAACAUUGCACUGUUGUGAUUGUGUUUAAAUAACUAUCCUGUGUUUGGUUUUCAAUAAAUAUGUCACAAGUAAAUAUAAAUUGUCUAAUUAAAAUCUAACUGUAGCAUCACGUUUCUAUCUCGACAGGUUUUGUGACGCAACUGUGUCCAAACAUUGUUUUUGCGUUAGAUUUUCCACACUUUAUACUGCAACAUUUCAAUCCUUGACAGAACUGCUGUGAAGAACGGCAGUCUUGGGGAAGGUGAUGGGUAAAAAAAAAAAACAGACAGGGAAGGGGAGGACGGCAAACACUUUUCCUUUGCAUUUUUUGUUAGAUAGCGAUUAGGCGUGGAGAGAGGGGGAAGGACGCAGUGUUUGUUACGCAGCAAUAAGCUGAGACAGGGACCAUAAAGACUAAACUUGUACUGGACACAAAUUUAUGGGGCGACUCUUACCGUGAAAAAGUUAGAUUUUAUUUUAGCCCAAAAUUAAAGGUGCGACCCAUUCGAAGGGGCGACUCAUUUGCGAGUAAAUACAGUAAGUUUCCCUAUUCGGACUGAGCAUAUUACCAAAAUACAAGAUCAGUGACAAGGCUAUUAUGUUUAUUUCAAUAAUGGAUCAUUGUUAAAUUAAAAAAUUUAAUAGUUCAAUGUUUUAAUACAUGUCAACUUGAAUAAAAAUCCAGUGGGUCGAGCAUGGUUCUUUUCCUCGCCACCGUCAUAGCGACGACGCGUCGCCGGUAUGACGGCGGAGUUAUGACGGCCGCGUGAAAAUGCGAGCACGGAUCCCAUCGUCAUCUCUCCCGUCAUCGCUAAGGCGCCUUACCUACGACGGCUUGGCAAUCGAUAAUAUGCAGAGGUUGGCAGUGAAUUUACAGAAAGGAUGUGUUUUAUUUGGCAGUUGGUGUAUCUGCUAGCAAUUUACAGCCAAUAGAAAACUACCUACACGAAAACAAGAUUGUGGACAUUCGUAAAACUUAGGCAUGAUGUGUCUAUCGAAUUAUAUAUUUUCCACAACUAUAUUCAAUAUUUAUAUAAUUUUUCAUUGUACGCCUGUUGGUUUACCGAAAAUAUAAGUUUUACAGAUUAUUUUUUGCUCAGUAAAACACCCGUCACGUCUCAGUCUCAAAAUAUAAUAAAAUCAUUUUACAUAGCAAAGUCGGUUAUAAUUAUUAAAUAGUAUAUAAGAAGGUUAAGGAGUGCAUUAGAAACUGUGAAAGUGUGUAGUUUUUAAUAUGAAAAUAUUAUUUAGCGAUCUUGUGAAAUGUGUUGCCCGUUAUUAUUAAUUUUGUUUUCAAUGGUCAGUUAUUAUUACUUUAAAUCAUAUGAUGAAAAAAGAAUUUUAAAACACUUUUGUGAUUCGACGUGAAACAUUACAAUACUAGACCUAAUUUAAUUAUUAUUUUGCAAUUUUCGUCACCGUUAAAGUUAAUUUGCCGAUUUGAAGGUACCGAAACAACUCGGUGUGCUAUACGUCCCACUGUUCAAAAAAUACUACUGUUAUAUUUAAUUACAUUAUCCUUAGACUUGUUUAUAGCAUAUUUUCUAGUGCACUACAAGUUUUAUUCACACUAUUUUGUACCGUAGCAUAUGUAUUGGGUGAAUACGCUGAUAAUAUUUAUUUAGCAUCUUGCAAGCUUGAAACAAUAUAACACGAAGUCGGUGUUGUUAAUUAAACGCCUGAAUAUAAUUUAUUACGUAAACUGUAUUUGACAAUAUUGUGUCUGCAUUUUAUAACUACCAGAAGAACUAAAAAUAGGAACUAAAAAUACCCUUUAACGGAAUUAAUUACUUUCUUUUCACAUAAGCCGCUUCUCUCACAAAUUACAAUUUUCGUAUGAACUAUAAACACGAAACUUCUCAACUCUACGUGAAACACUAUUAUUCCUACAUUGUUACCAUUUUAUCAUACUGAAAGUAUUUGAGCGAAUCUUAGGUGAAUAAAUUAUGUUUCAAUAUGCGAUACAUCAGGAGCAAACCUAGCCACCAACGAGGGUGGGGAGUAGGCCUAACCUAAAAGUCACUAAAUGUUUGGAGGAAAUGCUUUGUGUUAAAAAUGCGAUAAAACGAAGGUUUAAAAUAACCAUCAGACUACUAUGUAUUUAUCAGCGGCAUUCUUGUGUAUUUUCAACCUUAACAAUGCAUGUAUUUUAUUUUUACAAGUGAUUUUUUUUAUUACACACAUGGAAGCUGAAGGGGAAAUGAGUUGUUUUUAGAAGUUUAAUAAGCCACACGCGUAUAGGUGUUUUACACUUAACUUUUAUACAGAAUAAUUAACUAAUGUGAUGUUAUCUUCUAUCUAGUUGAAAUAUUACGUUAUUUUGUCCUGACCUUUAUUUUUUUAUUAAGUGAUAUGACAAAAGUAGGCAGAUUGGCAGUUUUCUUAGUAUAUUUUGGUUAACUGAGUAUUGUGCAGUUAAAAAUAAUGAGAAAAAAGAAUCAAUGUGUCUUAUUCACACGAAACAUAGAAACUAAGUAUCUAUUUAUGCGGCGUGAUUAUUAUCGGAAACAAGUUGUUUCGAAGUUUGUUCAGACAGAGAAAAACAUAACCCUUUUUUAGAUACAUCGUAUAACUCACGUACGUAAUUUCUGAGUAAAUAUAAUUAAGGCAAAACCUUAAAUUUCACGAAAAUAUAUUAUUUAACUCAUUUGAAAGAAUUAUUUCCCAGUAUUAAAUGAAAGUUACACACGUAGUCGGCUGUAUGACGGGGUUAUGACUGACAAGCCAUUGCGCCUUACGUAUGACGGGCAUGUCGUAGCUAAGGCGUCUUCCAGAAGGCGAAAAAAGAUCCAUGCUCGCUUUUAGUAGCGAAGCGUCAUCCGAUGACGCGUCAUCCCUAUGACGGGCGAAAAAGAGAACCAUGCUCGCCCGGCAGGAACACAUUACUGUAAAGUGAGGCAAUUUUUGAAGUGAAACCUCUUUGGGUGUGAUUGGAGUAAAAUUUUAAGGCCAAAUUUUAAUUCUACGUUUUUGCUAAACUGUUUCUUUUUCGGGUCAGAAAUGUUUCACAAUGUAGCACAAACAGUUUUUCUUUAUAGUGUGAGAUUACAACAAAGAGUACGGUAAUAUUCAUUAAGUACAUAAUCAUUAACAAUUGAUCGGUAAUUAUUGAUAUUCUGAGCAUUUAUUUUGGAGUAAUAAUUAUUCUUUAUAAUUGUCUUCUCUCUCUCUGCCAGUUUAUCCCUUACAAUUUACUUGAAAGUCAAGGUUUGAAUUACUAAAGAAGUUUCACUUCUAUCAGUGUACUGAGUUACAUGCACCUUUUUUUUUGUCUGGUUUUGUGUUAGCCCAGAUCUUGCGCUGCUUCAUUAUUAUGAGCCUAAUAAAUGGUGGCGCAAGUGUCCUUAAUUCAAGCAUUUAGUGUAUUUGCACACAGCAUGUCACAAUUUCGCACUGAACAUUCAGCAGGCAACAAAAAUAUAGACACCACUGGAAAUUUUGAAAGGUACAAUUUGUUGACACAAAGUAAAAUGUUUACGAAUGUCAACCUUCAAUUCAUUAUAUACGAUUAGUGCCUGGCUUCUUAGAACUCUUUUCACCCAUCUUCUGUUUAGUAAAUGAUUGUCUAAAGUAGGCAUGGGGUGAUUAAGUGUGUGGUGUAAGUAGUGAUGUCCGUUUUACUUUUUUCUCCCCCCAGCCCGUGGAUCUCAGUUCAGUUCUGGUUCAAAUUUUCAUUUGUACCAAAGAUACGGUUUACAAGAGAUUAGGAAUAUAUAUAUAUGUGUGUGUGUGUGUGUGUGUUUUUGUGUGUGUGGCAGUAGCAAAACAUCAAGGCAAUGCAAUUGUAAGUUAUGUAUGGAUUAUAAUGGGUGAAGGAUGUCACCCUCACGUUAGCAAAUGCACGCACAUGAUUUGAUGAUUUGAAACUGAUAUAGGGCUGCAAAAUUGGAAGUAAACACCUACUGUUCAUGAGAAGCAGCUAACAAUAAAUCAUGGUAGUUUAUUUUUUAGUUAAGAUAUUUAAAAGUGUAUUGAGCCUGUGUAUUUUUUUUCCAAAAGGUUUACUUUUAGUUGAAUGCUCAUCCCUGUGUCAAAGUGAAAAGAUGGACUAGAAAAGUGGUUGGGUUCUUGGCACAAAGAACUCUUGUUCAGAUUGUGAGACAUCCUGACAGCAUUAUCUUUCCAUUUGGGUAGUCUAGGCCAGGGGGUGAUGGUAGGGGAGGUGAGGGAGACUGCGCACAGCUGCCCGGCGGCAAAAUUUUAAAGAUUUACAUACCUUUUUAUUUUCUUGUCACAUGGGUGUUGUAAGGAAGUUGAAAAGACAUUUGCGUGACCGCAGACAAUGUGUUCUCUCUACAAUGGUUUUUUAUUGGUUUUGCCUAAAGUCCACUGGUAUCUCCACUGGGAAAGGUUUGGUCACAAAGCUUUUGCUACCGGGAUAUUUAUGGUUCUCGAUGCCAGUUUAUUUUCUGAGAACCUGCAGAACCGGGACUGGGACCGACCAUCACCGGGUGUAGGUAAAAUUAUUUGUUGUGGUUUAUGAUACAAAUAUAUUCACUAUUUUGUUGAAAUUUGUCACUUUCUCCUGAUCAGAUAGCAAUAAUAAACAAGAUAAUAAGACUGCAGGUACAGUAUUUUUUUCUUUGAAAACAUAAAAAAAAAUACUGGAUAAUAAUCUUAAUCAAGCAAUACUAUUGUCUUUUGUACCUUAUUUUCCCCGGAGCUAAUCUCCGUAAUUUAAUCAUAUGGUGUUUAAUAUUUGAUUUAUUAAUUCCAGUAAAAGUUUUGGCAUUUAUUGUAUGUUCCUUUCUUAAAUUAAAAAAUACUUAUGACAUGAUUCCAUAAGAGUUUUUAUUCUUGAAUUAAUUUUUCAUUUGUUAGGACUGGCUUCUGGGGCCUCCAGACAAUUUUAGCAUUUUUUCAAAGUGUACAUCACCUGGUGCUAUGCAUAUCAAACAAUAGUUUAUGGAUGAAUAGUCAAACUCGUGUGUAUUUUUCCCUCCUACUGGUUAAAUUUUCAUCUGAGUAAUAUGUAAUGUUAAUGAGUGAUACAAAUGACUGCAACAGAAAAGGUAUAAACCUCCAAACAGUUUUACUUUCUUUUGAAAGAUAUUUCAUGCUCUAGAUAUUAACUAAGAUUAUGUACUGUUCAAUUCGAAUUUGUUGAGUUUUUUUUUUUUUUUAAAGAUUAUAUAAACUUAUGUAAGCAGCUUAAAAAAAUCAAAAAGAGCAUUACUUGUUGUGCUGUGCUCAAAAGUGUAAAAAAAAAACAACUAUGGAACAUUCAGAUGUUGAUGAUGUGUACUGGUUUAAAAUUGUAUCUGGCAUUGUUGUCUACAAUAAACAGAUGUUUUAGAAAAAAA